GCAAACGCCAUGACGGCCAUGAUGUCGAGAGUAUUCUAAUUUUUUCACACGUACCAACGUUCGUGGCUUCAUGGCAAUGUAAUCAGUGUCUGGGAAGGUUUGCCUUUAAAUUAUACUAAUUUGGGUGCCGUAUUUGUGUCAUGAACAAUGUGUCGUAAGGUUGUAAGAAUACUUAGCAAAUCUAUAAGCAUCCUUUUGUUCCUGUUGCUCUCAAGCUCUACACAAGUCUCAUCUGAUGGUGGAGUGGCGAAAGUCCCACCUGGGGAUGCAGUAGUACCGUUGUCUUCUUCAAAUUUUGACACCCACAUUGGGCAAUAUGAGCUAGUCUUUCUCAAUUUCUAUGCUGACUGGUGCCGGUUCAGUCAGAUGCUCGAACCUGUUUUCAAGGAGGCUGCAACAAAGGUUCUAUCAGAAUGUAAAGAGCCCAACAAAGUGCUCUUUGGAAAAGUGGAUUGUGACCAGGAAACAUCAAUUGCUGCAAAGUACCACAUCACAAAGUAUCCGACCUUGAAGGUGGUACGCAACGGUCAGGUUGUGAAGAGGGAGUACCGUGGGCAGCGUUCAGUGGAUGCUCUUAAAGAUUACGUCCUGGGAUUGCUGAAGGACCAAGUUAAGGAACUCGAAGCUGGCAACGAGCACGCUCAUAUUGAGGAGAAAAAACCAGGCCUUGUUGCCUACCUUUCUAGCAAAGAACAUACAUUCUAUGACACAUUCCGUAAAGUGGCCUCUGACUUGCGGGAUGACUGCAACUUCUAUUUUGUACCAAGGCCUGUUCUUGAUGGUAACAUCACUCACCCAGAAACCAUUCACUUCAAACCAUCCCGGACAAAGUUUGGUGACAAUCAUGAAACAUUCAGCAACACUUUGGCCACUUUUGAUGAGCUGAAGAAGUGGGCAUCGGAAAAGUGUGUUCCACUGGUUCGAGAAAUCACCUUUGAAAAUGCAGAGGAGCUGACGGAAGAAGGUCUGCCCUUCCUCAUUCAUUUCCACCAUCCUGAUGACAAGGAGAGUGUUGAUCAAUUCACAAAGGCUGUUCACGACCAACUGCAAAAUGACAAACACAGCAUCAACCCACUCAUAGCAGAUGGUGUCAAGUUUGCACACCCACUACAUCAUCUUGGGAAGUCUGUGAAGGAUUUGCCACUGAUUGCUAUUGACAGCUUCCGACAUAUGUAUCUCUUCUCGGACGUCAAAGAUCUGAAAACUCCUGGAAAACUGAAGGCCUUCGUUGACGACCUGUACUCUGGGAAACUGCACCGUGAAUUCCACUAUGGCCCUGACCAACCGACAGUUGAAUCAAAAGCUGCCCCUCAGAGCACUGAUCCGCCGGAGUCUUCAUUCAAAAAUCUGGCUCCAUCAAGAAAUCGGUACACCUUAUUAAGGGAUGAGUUGUAAUAGUAAAAAGGAUUUACUGCAUUUUUCUAGGGUGUCACCAGGGUUGGAGAGGGACGGGUGAAUGCUGAACUUAUGGAAAUAUAUUUCUCUGUACUUAGGCACAGUUUUUUAUGUUCUCAAAGUGUACAUUAGGAAGGAUUGUGGUUACUUUGAACUUGCCUGCCUUUUUUUGAUUGUUGUAACAGAGACUACUGUGAUGGACUAAAGUGCUGGAUUGUGCACGUGCAGAUGUAGAGGCACAGUUUUGUGAAUGGUGUGUUGUAAAUUUGAACUGCAUUGAAAUCUCUUUGGUUGCACAUUAAUGAGACUGCAUCUCUUCUUACAUUUGUGAAUGCUUUGGCAGAGUUGUAGGUGGUGACACGAGUGUGCAAUAUUCGAUGGUCUAUUCCUUUUAUUUGUUUGUCCUGUUCUUUUUUCUCUGGUGUUAGAUUUUCAUCAAGUUUAUAUUCACACAUGACAUUGCAGGCUGCACUGUAAAAUAAAAUUGUUUUUGUUAUUUCUUUUGGGGUAUCAUGUGAGUUAGACUUGUUUUUAGAAUGGUUGAGGGUCUUUCAGUACCAAUUUACCUCUUGUUGUCUAUUGAAAUUUGUUUAUUAUUUCCCAGUCAAAAAUAACAUCACUUGAACUGGUACACUGGGAUGUAAUGCAUUGGAAUUGCAGUGCAAGAAAGGCAGUGGUUUUGAAGUCAGGUGCAUUGAACACUAUAUAUAAUCUCCAACAUUGAGCUUGAUGAUGUGCAUAUUUAGUUCAGCCAACUAGUAUAGAGUCUUACUGAUUCCAACAGUAGAGAGACUGUCUGUUAUGGGUGGUGGGUUGUAAAACUAAACAGCUCUAAAUUUAUUUUUCUAUGCCUUCUGAUCGAUCUCUCUUUGAACUACUGCAUUUGCUUUGGCAAGCAAACUCCUGUAUAUUGUACAUUGAUAUUUGAGCAUUGUGCUUUUCGUGUUAAACACAUUCUUCUCAGCAGUUUCAGACAUUUGGUUACAUGUGCGAUUGAAGGACGACUGGACUACUUGGAAAAAUGCUGAACACUAAAAAUAAAAGAUUGUCUUUGGGUACA